AUGAUACUUCUGAUAGAAGUUGCAUUGUUUGCAUCAAUUUGUUUAUCAUUUGAACAACCAGAUGAACCAAGACGGCAUGGUUCACACAGAGAAAGGUCACACAAACGAAGUCAUCACACAUCAUCGCGUCCAAGUACUUCUCAUCACAGAACACAAGAAAGACCAACAACAUCUACAAGUUCUCAACCAUCCACAUCAACAACAAGUGGCAAACACACACACAAAAGAAAACACACAACUCAUGAAGACACUUCAUCACAAAGUAAACAUGAAUCAAAAAGACAGAAAUUAGAAUCAUCAAGUGAACAGCCAUCCACUUCAAAACAGACUGCUCAAUCAUCAUCAACACGAGAACAUAAAGACGAACCACCAAAACAAAUCCCAUACCCGCCUUAUACAUAUUUGUUACCAACAACUAUAACAUAUUUGGAAAAUCAUAGAAAAUGUCUUAGAUAUUAUCCACUUAAAAAAGGAAAAUACGAUUUUCUUGUUCUUGUUCAAUAUUGGCCUGGCGAAAGAUGUGCACAUCAAUUGUGUACAAUUCCAAAAACAACAAAAAGAGUCAAGGAAAAGUUUUUCCUCCACGGACUUUGGCCGUCCAUUUUUGCAAAUAGGAAUAUAUUUUGCUGUCGAAAUAAAUUCAGUUAUAACAGUGUUGAAAAAAGAUUGUUGAACAAUCAAAAACUAUUAAAAAGUGUACAAAAGCAUUGGUUUUCUUCUGAUAAAUGUAAAUCUUCUAUGUAUCAGUACGACAAACAUGGUACAUGUUCACUAACUACUUUUAGUGGAGGUGAUGGACCAGUGGAUUAUUUCAACACAGCAAUUAAAAUGUAUAGAAGAAUUAAUAUUUGGAAGGUUUUAAGAAGAAGUAAAUUGAAAGUAAGAACCAACAAAUUGUAUGACAUCGAAAAACUCAGAGAUGUAGUGAGAAAAGCUUAUGGUGCUAAGCCAACAUUUUUCUGUAAGGAAGGAACAUCUCUUUAUGAGAUUAGAGUGUGUUACGAUCCAUCUAAAAAAAGACUUAAUCCAGAACCUAUAAAUUGCCCCAACAAAUUUAUAAAAUUUGAAGAACAAUCAUGCCAUAAACGCGUAAUGCUAAAAGAAUUUCCCGGGUAUUUACUUGACCCAUCAAUAAUUCCCAGAAAUAAUUGCGAAUAUUAA